CACGAGUUUGAGGUUAGCCAUUGUGCGGAUUGUAAGUUUUCGGUCGAGCUAAAACCUUCGCGAAGAAAAAUCUGUGCACAAAAAUGGCCCUACACGUACCCAAAGCACCUGGUUUUGCGUCGAUGCUGAAGGAUGGAGCUCGGACAUAUUCCGGCCUGGAGGAAGCGGUGUACCGCAACAUUGGAGCGUGUAAGGAGUUCGCGACCUCGGUCCGCUCGGCUUACGGUCCGAAUGGCAUGAACAAGAUGAUCAUCAAUCACAUCGAGAAACAGUUCGUCACCUCGGAUGCCGGCACGAUUAUGCGCGAGCUGGAUGUAGAACAUCCGGCGGCCAAGUUGAUGAUCGAGGCGAGCCAGAUGCAGGAGGCGGAGGCCGGCGAUGGAACCAACUUUGUUGUGGUGUUUUGCGGAGCCCUGCUGGAGGUGGCCGAGGAACUGCUCCGACUGGGGGUCACCAGCAGUGACAUCACCGAGGGCUACGAGAAGGCACUGACGAAGACGCUCGAAAUUCUGCCCACUUUAACCUGCCACGAAAUCAAGGACUACCGUAGCCUGCUGCCAGUGCGAAAUGCAAUCCGAGCAACCGUGAUGUCGAAGCAGCUGGGCAACGAGGAUUUCCUGGCUGAUCUGAUCGCGAAGGCGUGUAUUUCGAUCAUGCCCGAGAAGACGACGUUCAACGUGGACAAUAUUCGCGUGUGCAAGAUCCUCGGCAGUGGUCUGCAGAUGUCGGAGGUUGUGCCCGGCAUGGUGUUCAAGCGGUUCGUCGAGGGUGAGGUCACAUCGGCCACAAAGGCAAAGAUUGCCCUGUACUCGUGCCCGGUCGAUAUCAUUCAGACGGAGACGAAGGGCACAGUGCUGAUCAAGUCGGCGGAUGAGCUGAAGAACUUCAGCCAGGGUGAGGAGAACCUGCUCGAGGCGCAGAUCAAAGCAAUUGUCGAUACCGGCGCAACGGUGAUCGUGUCGGGAGGAAAGUUCGGCGACAUGGCCCUCCACUACAUGAACAAGUACGGUCUUAUGGCAGUCCGGUUGAACUCGAAGUUUGACCUGCGCCGUUUGAGCAAGGCCGUGAAUGGAACCGUCUUGCCUCGUCUUACGCCGCCAAGCACGGAAGAGCUCGGUUACUGCGAUAACGUGUACGUGCACGAGUUGGGCGAUACGUCGGUGACGAUCUUCAAAUCGGAUGGCACGGAAAGCCGCAUCGCGACGGUCGUUAUCCGUGGCUCGACCGAUAACUACAUGGAUGACAUCGAGCGCGUGAUCGACGACGGUGUCAAUACGUUCAAGGGAUUGACCCGCGACGGACGCUUCCUGCCUGGUGCCGGAGCGGUCGAGAUCGAGUUGGCACAACAGUUAGCCGAGUACGCCGACACUUUGCCCGGAUUGGAGCAGUACGCCGUACGCAAAUUCGCCACCGCGCUCGAGUUCUUCCCGAAGGCGCUGGCCGACAACAGCGGUGUUAACGCGACGGAGGUCGUGCACCAACUCUACCUGGCGCACAAAGAAGGCAAGAAGACGCAAGGUUUCGACCUCGAAUCCGAGCAGCCAGCCACGGUCGACGUGACGACGAAGAACAUUUUCGAUCUGUUCACCACUAAAUACUGGGGACUGAAGUACGCUGUCGGUGCCGCCUGCACGAUCCUCAAAGUUGACGAGAUCAUCAUGGCCAAGCGUGCCGGUGGACCGAAACCUCGCGGCGCCGGUCCGGGCAGUGACGACGAGUCUUAGGUCUAAGUCGGCUUUCUUCAUUCAAAUGUUCUCAUCGUCCUUCGUUUUUCUACCGCAUUUCGCUUACCUUUACCUACAUCGCUAACACCACAAGAACACAUUUGAUUAAUAAGUACGUAACGCGCACCUUUAAACACCACAAUUCUCUUAUCGUCUGUGAACGUUCAUGUUUAGUUUUGUCGGCACGACAAUAAGUUGUCCCCUGAAAGCACUCCUUACUAAUUACCCUUGAUUGUACGGAUUGCUCUAGGAUCGGCUCGAAAGUAUUAACAGAGCCCUUGGCCCUUUCGCUGCUCGCUGUACGUACGUGCGAUUUAACACUCUUUCGUCGUAUCACCAAAAGAUGUUUGUACAGUGAACAAGAGGGAAUUAAAUAAACUUAAUCAUUGCCUUCUCUCCGGAAGGGGAAGCUAACAAUAAACAUGAAAGGUGUACUUUU